CAGGGUAUGUAAAAAACGCAUGUGGUCACUUUAUGUCCUUGAGUACACUGUUGUGUCUAUAGAAAUAUUCUAACAGUAUGACAGUGAUGUUUUCUGUCGCCAAAGGACAUAACUUGGCUGCAGCCUUAGAAAUAAGAGGCCCCUGUAACCUAAUCGAUUGCCGAGCAGAGAGGCAGACUGGGUCCACACUCUGUGAUCCGUUUCUCUGUGUCAGACCAACUUCCCAGAAUAGCAACUCGGGCGGGUUGUCUGCUGCUCUGCUCUGCUGUAGGAGAUGGAGGAAGUCAGUGGUGGAUUUAACAACUGUUGCUUUUGCUGCUUCUGCUGCGGAACCAAACUACCUUUGAGUCCGCGCUGCAUGGCGCAUGUCGGGUUAGAAUGAAGUCUAUUCCAAACCGAGACAUUCAGUCUGGAUCAAUGUGCAAGUUCAUGGGAUAUAAACUCCUACGUGUUUAAGGUAAAUAAAAAGAGAGCGAGAGAAACAUAAGUGCAUGAGACGGUUUGUAUUAACUAAUCAUCAUUUUGCUGUUUUAAUAUAGCAAUUCAAUAUCAUUCGACUAUCAAUAGGCUACAGACGCUGCUAGAGGCGCAUGUCUGCAGCAAAGGCAGACAAGGAGCGUCUGUGUGAUGAAUGGAAAGGCAGACGGGCUCUGCUGUAGACUGCGGUGAUCGGAUAACCUGUUGAAUUGCCGCUGUCAGUCAGUGCUAAGCCACGCAGGCACCAACAGCCAGCAAAAAAAUCAUCAAACACGAGAAGCACAACGCGUUGCCACAAACGCGCUUCACGUUUUAUACAGGCUAGCUGAUCCAGAGAUGCACUGUUGCCGAAUGCACCGUCCUCACCGGUUAACCUGUCUGUAACACAGAAUUCUCCCACCGUUUUGCUGCUGACAUAAAUAUUCAUUCGGUUGCAAAGUCAUGGUGCAGACAUACUAGGAAGUAUCAAAAGUGGUAGGCCUAUAAAUUAAGAAAAGGGGGGCGGCAAUAAUUUUAAUUUCUACAUUCUCUGAUUGGAUAAUUCAUAGCUUUUAUCAUAUUGUUGUUUAAUGCAUUUUGAAGGUGGGGUGGUGCAGCACUUUACCCAUCGUUUAAUUUGCCACUACAUCAUAUUAUUCCCAUUGCCCGCCUCAGCAGGUAAAACCCGUGAGGUCCGACCUUGAGUCAUGUCUCCACAGUUAGCUUUUCAACAUUGCCUACCCACGGAUUUCCAGUUGAAAAUAGCUCGGCUGCUCCCUGCCACUAUGGCUAAUUCCUUAGGAACCGGUGGAUCCAGUUUGAUCCAUCCCUCUCUUUCUUUCCUUUACCAACUUGUUGAGUCUUCCCCCUCGAUGUUCCUACUGUAAGUGUGCAUUGUGUAAGGCUCAGCUGCUAGUUGAGACUUCUAAAGAAAUGUCACAAGUUUGAGUCGAGUGCGUGUGGAGCUUGACGGGACGGUGUCGGUGUCGCUUCUAAAGUGAAAAAUUCGACCGGACGCGCGCAGAAAAGGCUUUAACGCAGCGACAGUCACCUGGAGGUGGAGACAUUUUACCAACCCCCUCCCUCCGUCCUUGACUGAAAUUACCAACUCAUUUUGCACAGGGGAGACACUUGAAGCACUCCCAUAGCUCUUGAAAUGGAGGCUCCCGAAGGCUACUGUGCUAGUAACGGCCAAUGCUCUCCCGGUAAGGAGAAGUCGAGAAUGUUGGUGGAUAUGUCAACACCUAAUGGACAGACUGUUCCUCAGGGUCCUAAUUCCCCCAGUGAACUGACGAUUAAGCAAGAGGAAGAAACAGGGGAGGAGGCUGACAACAAAAGCCCAGCACUUGAAGGGCUAGGCCAAACAGGGGAAGAGGAGGGAGUAGCAUUAGAGGAAUCCAUGACUGUCAGCCCAAGCAACACACAGGAUGGAUUGUCUGGGCAAAGUAUGGCAGCUGAUGCAGAAAGUCGACAACCUAAUGGUGACAGGCCGUUCCAGUGCAACCAGUGUGGCGUCUCGUUCACCCAGAAGGGAAACCUGCUUCGACACAUCAAGCUGCACACAGGCGAAAAACCCUUCAAAUGCCCCUUCUGCAACUAUGCCUGUCGGCGGCGAGAUGCCCUCACUGGUCAUCUGCGCACUCAUGCUGUUGGAAAACCACACAAGUGCAACUACUGUGGGCGGAGCUACAAACAGCGGACCUCCCUAGAGGAGCACAAAGAACGCUGCCAUAGUUACCUGCAGAGUAUCGGCUUGGAUCCAACCGCCAACACUGGCCCUUACACAGGUGAGGUUCCUAAAGAGUCAAGGCCCAUGGCUACCUUUGAUCGGCCACCUGUUAUUGAAAGACUGCACAGCAAUGUUGGCAAGAGGAAGAGCACCACACCUCAGAAAUUUGUGGGUGACAAGAUCCCACGCCUCAGCUACCCUGACCUAGGAUAUGAGAUGGGCCUCAAGUACGAGAAGAAGGCUGAACUGAUGCCGGCCCACAUGAUGGACCAGGCCAUCAGCAAUGCCAUCACUUACCUUGGAUCAGACACACUUCGGCCCAUGCUCCACCAUCCAGGGCCCCAUAUUUCUAUGGCUGAGGUGGUGCCCAUGGUCAACCCCCUGUUCCAUCAUGUCCUGCCCCUGGGCCAACGAACAGACCGCCCAGGAAACUGUGACACGCUGCCACCACAGCUACCACUGCUCACUGAUUUCCCCAGCCAUCCCACCUCAAAUGGCCCCACUGCUUUGACCAGGCAGGGCAGGCAGGCUCAGCCAGGGCAAGAGGAAUCUCCCAACCACAGUGGAGUUGACUCGGCCGAUUCAGCUCGCAGCAGCCCUCAGGAGAGGCAAAGCUACCAUGGUAGCAACCCCCCUCCCGGCCUCAGGUCGCAAGCAAGUCCAGCAGUGGUCUUUUCAGGUGACCGGGUGAGAGAAGCAUCACCCAGAAGUGGAAUGGUGACUGGGAUAAUGCGAGUGGCCACAGAGAGGCCUGUAAGUCAGGAAGGGGUGCGGGUCUUUGGACGUGAAGGCCAGGAGUUGCGGGCCUUCCAGUGUGAGCACUGUCGGGUACUCUUCCUGGACCAUGUCAUGUAUACCAUCCACAUGGGUUGCCAUGGUUACAGAGAUCCACUGGAAUGCAACAUCUGUGGUCACCGCAGCAAAGACCGCUAUGAGUUCUCCUCUCACAUAGUCCGUGGUGAACACACCUUCCAGUAAGAGGAUGGGUAAGAAAGACAAAGAAGGGAAAGGAGCAAUAGCCUGAUAUCCGUCCCUAUCCCCAGACCUCUGAGACUCCACAGUUGAAUGGCAUUGUAGACAAGUGUAGCACAAUCAUAGACUUCUUUUUAAGCUACUUAGUGUGAACCUGAACAGUUGAACAAUCAUAUGAAGGUACGGGCCAAAGACACAUUUUAUACAUAUUUAAUUACGAUUUAUUGUAGAGGAAGAAAGGUACAUUUUUUUUCAGAAAUUGUUCAUGAAUUGUAUAACAGUGCAGCUGUUAGAUGACUUUGACUCGUUUUUCAUUUUAGUCUUGUUUGGAAAUGUCUCCUUUUGUGGCUGUCCCUUCAUCAUGCUUUUAUAGUGAAAUAAUGUUUUCACCCUCAAGUAGUAAAGAAUGCAUAAAAAAUAUUAGAACAUGUUCCAACCUUGUGGGCUUAAUGCACUGGAUAAACUGUUUAACCAGAAAGAAUGUCAUGACUAACAAAGAUGACAGAGCCAAAGUAUUUCAGGUAGUCUCAAAUUCAGAAAAUUCUUUCAUAGACAUAAUAGCAGGAUGUGCUGCUAUGGAAUUUAUGUAUUCAAAAAAGUUUGAUCAUCUAUGUCUAACAUAGUAAAUGUUUUAAAACCAUUUUAAAUUCUUGCUAAAAACAGACCUCACAGAGAAUCAUGGCAUUGAACAGGACCACUUUCUGUGGCAUGCUGCACAAAAUCCGUACAGUUGGUGUUGUUUGCCAGGGCACAUGAUGGUCAUCUGGUACUGUGUGUUCAAACUUCUAGCAACUUGGUGUCCAUUUGGACUUGACUGUCAGUGGUGUGGUAUGGUUGUCUCUGAUUGAACCUAUCUGUGGCUGUAGAAAUCUGAACCAUCAUGCCAUCAUCUUCAGAAUUUUGUUCUGCCUCAUAUAACUGUAUAUUUUUUUAUGAAUUAGCAUACUUAGAUUGAUUUGCUCACUAGAGUUUAAUAAUUAAAAAUAAAAUAAAGUUGUAAAUAAAUUAACACAUACAUUAAUAUAUUACAUUCAUGAGCGCAAAGAAUAAUUUCAAAUGCAAAAGUUCUUAACACCAAGUUGGAAAUAUAAAAUAGUUAAUGUAAUGAAAUUAUAAAAUUUACAUUUAAAGUGAUCAUAUAGAGUACAUUUGUAAAUCUAAUCUUAUUUUUAUUUUUUAUUCAUAUAUCAUGCAACUACAUUUGUUGCUUGUAUCGUGACUCUCUCCAAAGUUACCAGCCUCCAUCCAGUUUGCUUUUAUGAGAUGGAACUACUGAUCAUGAAACAAGGAAGUGCACAGUGGUUCUUGUCAGCCCUGUGACCAUAAAGUUUUGCCACAGCCAUCUUUUUCUCAUCUUUUUUUUUUUUUUUCUAAGCUGCCCAGCUAGUGCAUUCUCCACAUAAAUAACUGGCCAUAUGUUUCUUAACCUGGUUGCUCUUAUAGAACAUUAAUCAAUCUUGGUGACUCAUGGGUUGUGUUGCUUGCAGUGUGAACACACAGUAUAACUUGGAGCAUUGUACUUUGUUUGAAACAGUUCCAGGCGGACUUGCACAUCGACAGCCUAAAAUGGGAAAAGGGUGGUUUAAAUUUUGCUUUUAAUCAUUUAACUAUUGGAGUUUGAUUCUUUAUAGCAAUGGAUACCACAGGGAUAAUGGCAAAGCAGGGUAAUGAUACAGCAUGGGAUGGUCUUCUCUGUUGUAGCCCACUCUAUGCUUUAGGCCCUUCUUUUUGAUGUAAUACACUUUGUGAUUUAGCUUGGAUGGGUGUGUGUAUGUGUUGUGCUGCUUCUUCAGUUCUUGGGUGUGGGGUCAGGUGGGGUCCACAUUAUUCGUGCUGUUUUCUAGCACACUAAAUACAUGCUUACAUGUCCAGUUUCAAUGCCAUUUUCUAUUUGUACGUCAUGAAAAAUACAGGGACACAUCAGACUCUGCACAAAAAGCCUAGCUCUUUUUGAGGUACUUUGUCCUUAAAAUUGUGCCUAACGCAGCUUUAUUUGAAGCUGAUCUUCUACAAUUUACUGCAUUAUAGGAAUUGAGGGGAUUGAGAAAAUUCUUGACGUAUAUGGUGGGCUUUCGUCAUUUUGGUUUCCUACCGUGGUAUUAUUAACCUUGUUUGAACCAGGCUGCUUCUCUCCUCCUCACCAACACCAUCUUACUCACAAGCACACACACUAAUGUGUUUCACUCUUUCUCUCUCUCUGAAUCUUCCUCUUUGCUUUGCCAUUAUGUCACCACAUUCAUACAUGACCUUUUACGGAGGAGACUGAGAGCGAGACAGCAUGAGCAAGAGGAAAAGUGAGAGGAGUGCGGUUACCACACUGUACUACUUUGAAGGCACUUCCCAAAACUGUAGCAUUCCAAGUCACCUCAGUAAAUCUGCUCAAAGCUCAUGCAAAAUGCAAAUGGUGAAUUGGAGAUAAGCCGCCCUUGUCCGUCAUCUACAGUAUGUUGAAGGAUAACAGAUUUUAAGAUCUGUAAGGCCAGUUGCGGCUCUUUCAUAGUUACCGUCUCUCCCUGUGAAAGGACUCAGAUAAGACUGUGUUUUGUACAGUUGGCCAUGCACUUUAUGUCCAUGCCCUGACAAGGGAGCAUUGUUUUUUUUUUGUUUGUUUUUUUUCUAAUUAUCACAUUAAAGUAGAGGGGAAGACAAUCAUUGAUACAACACAGGUUAGUCCUAUGUCUGAGAGAACAAUCUUGGAGAUGCACACAGGAAAUUUGCUACGCUGCCUGAUGAACAUGUUCUUUUAUUGUAUCAGUACAUGCAAGAAGUUUGGUAUUAUUAGUUUUACACUGGUUAGUUUUCUAUCAUGAACAGUUGAUUACUCUCUAGGGUUAAACUCAGUGAUCAUCUACAUUUAAUGUCUUUUUGUGAUCAAAAGGCAGCUUUUUUCUCUGUUUACAUGUUGCUUCUCUUAUGCGCAACUGGUACCCAGCUAGCAUAAAAACUUACUGUCUAUAAAGUAUUGGCACUGGAAUUUGUUUACACCUUGAGCUGUGAUAGUGAUACUGACUCUAUACAUUCUUCUAUUAUAUUGUUCCUGUAUAUAUUUAUUAUCUAAAAAAAAAAGCCUUAUCUGGGGUCCUCCUAAAAAAGCAUAUCCUUUUAAUAAUACUAUGAUCAAAGUUAAUGUUACCCUGAUUUUUCUUCUUAAUCCAUUUCAGAAGGAAUAACAAAUAAACAGACCAGAAGUAAAUUAAACUGAAUUGGUAAUAACAUGACAUGAUGUUCAAUUGAAAUAUUAAUUCCUCAUUUUUUCUUUUGUUUUGUUCUACAUGAUAUAUUUGGUAAGAUAUGAGGCACAUAUUUUUUUCUUCUUUUUUUUUUUCUUAGAGUAAUAUUGUAAUAACAACAGCCUUACUUGUACACAAAUUCUUUAACUGAAGCAGCCAUAUGAACAAAAACAAAGGAAAAAAAAGAAAAAAAGAGGUCUUCUGUCAGCCCUCCAUGUGAGUGAGGAGUUUACUUGAAAAUCAAAAUCAUUGCUAUUGUUUCCGAAUGUGGGGAUGUUUUUGUAAAUUUUUAAAAAUGAGUGUGCUAAAUGUCUAUUUUUCUGCUGAAAUGUUAAUGCAAAUAGUUUUGUGAAAUUUUGUGUGUUUUAGUUUUAAGUUUAAAAAUGUUUACAAAAAUGUAAAAGACAGGGUUCAGGUGUAUUGUAUUUUUUAGAAAUAAUAUAUGAAAGGUGUAUAUUUUGGCACUGAAUAUUGAAAUGAUCCAGAAGUGUGUGCUGAUUGGUCAUCUCUGAUAUUGUUGACAAUUUUCUGAUGCGAGGGCUCUCAGGUAUUUGCAUAUGGUUGUGUAUUUUUAUUUCCUAAAAUAUGUGAUUAACUUAUCAAACAAAUGCACAGUAAUUGAAGUUGUUUGGUAAUUUCUCAUGACAGUCCAACACUGAAUAUGUCGAUGGAAGUUGGAGGAUUGUUCAGCCCUGAUUUCAACAUCAGUGACAUUAAAUGAAGACGCACUGCUUUGAAGAAUGCAAUGUAUAUUUUUAAGGCAUGGGUUUCUCUCUAUUAAAGAAAUGAUUUUAC